AUGAGCCCACUCUUGAUUGGGGAAUUGGCACCAGAUCAACCCAGCUUUGAACCUAGCAAGAAUAAAAAGCUGGUAGAAGAUUUCCGUGAGCUCCGUGCCACUGUUGAGAAGAUGGGGCUUCUCAAACCCAACCGCACCUUUUUCCUCCUGCUUCUCUGUCACAUCUUGGUGCUCGAUGUUGCGGCGUGGCUCACCAUCUGGUACUUUGGAUCAUCCACUGUGCCUUUCCUCUUCUCUGCAUUGCUUCUAGGCACUGUCCAGGCCCAAGCUGGCUGGCUCCAGCAUGAUUUUGGACAUCUUUCAGUCUUUAGCGAGUCCAAGUGGAACCACUGGGUGCACAAGUUUGUGAUCGGCCACCUGAAGGGAGCACCAGCCAGCUGGUGGAACCACCUUCACUUCCAGCACCAUGCGAAACCCAACUGCUUCCGAAAGGACCCUGAUGUUAACAUGCACCCCUUAUUUUUUGCUUUGGGAAAAAAGCUCUCUGUAGAGCUUGGAGUACAGAAGAAGAAAUUCAUGCCUUAUAACCACCAGCACAAGUACUUCUUCAUCAUUGGUCCCCCAGCUCUGGUACCUCUUUACUUCCAGUGGUACAUAUUCUACUUCGUAAUACAGAGGAAACAGUGGGUGGACCUGGCCUGGAUGCUGACCUUCUACAUCCGAUUCUUUCUCACCUACCUGCCCUUACUGAGUGUGAAGGGUAUCCUGGGGCUUCAUCUGUUAGUCAGGUUCAUAGAGAGUAACUGGUUUGUCUGGAUUACACAAAUGAAUCACAUCCCAAUGAAUAUUGAUUAUGAUAAGAAUGUGGACUGGUUCUCUACCCAGCUCCAGGCAACCUGUAAUGUUCAUCAGUCCUUAUUCAAUGACUGGUUCAGUGGACAUCUGAACUUCCAAAUUGAGCACCAGUGA